AUGGCGGGGGAACACAGCGGGGACCAGUCAUUCUAUGACUUCCUCAUAGAGGAGCCAGAGCGCCACCCGGUCAUUUUCAGCAUCAACAGCCCAUUUCGCCGCCGAAUCGACCCAGCCGCGAUCCGCCGCAGCGGCCAGACCCGACCGAGAUCGAGACCCACCAUCCAGCCCAUCACCCGGUACUCGGGAUGCAACUACCGGAUUCAUCACGUGCGCAAUCACGCGGGCACCUUCACCUCGACUUACACGGUCCUCCGACUCCUUCUUCAGCUGAAUCCACCUCAAUUCGACUUCCCAGGAGCCAUGAUCCCUGCUGGCGACGGCACGAUCGGCCAUCAGAAUCAUCUCUCACAUGCGUCGACAGACCCCGCUUUCGCGUAUGGAAGCGAGCUCGUCUCGCCAUCCAGCAUACAUUCAUCCAGGGGUCACUACGACGGUACCGUCUCCAAUCACUGGGAUGACGCUCUCAGUCAUGGAGCGAGCACCCCAAAGGUGACGACGCCCGCCGCUCAUGUAACUACAAACCCCUGGGCCGAAGUGGACGAAGUUCAGGAAGACAACCACCCCGCGCCCUCAUCGAGACCACGAAGAACGCCCCGACCUAGAAGGCAGAAGAAGGACGCACGGAAAACCUCUGAAGCUUCUCAGGGCGGCAGCAGCAGCGCUGGUGGUGCGCCUUCGGUAUCCGAUGCAGCCAGCCCCAGCUCUACGUCACAGAACAGUCGUGCCAGCGUUGGCUCUAAAUCCGCAUCCAUGGCGUCAACGACAUCGACAGCUUCCAGUCGCCAGAGCAAGCUUCGCAGUGCCUCUCGAACGUCCAAGAAUAGUCGUGACAAGCCUAAUGAUACUCCAGAAGAAAGACGGACCCGAGCGUCGCAUAACCUCGUCGAGAAGCAAUACCGCAACCGUCUGAACGCGCAAUUCGAAUCCCUCCUCAGUGCUCUGCCAGAGCAAGCUCGAUCUGGAGGAAGCGGAGGCGGAAACGGAAACGGUGACGAAAACGAAUCCGAUGCCGCGAACGAUGCAGACCGCCGUGUGAGCAAGGGCGAGGUGCUUGAAAUGGCGCGCAAGCAUAUUGAAGCACUGGAACAGGAACGAAACCAGCUUGAGCGCGAGAACCUCGAACUACAAGGCAGUCUCCGGCGACUCAAAGGAUCUACCUCGGACGGUACUACGUCCUCGUCAGGCCAGCAAACGCCGCUCGAUUUCAAUAGCAACACGGAUCAGGACAAGGUCCGUGACGAUCGAGAUGAGGACUGA